GAACAGCCACUGUGAGUCUGCGAUUGAAGAGAGACAGGAAUCAAUGGCUUCAAAGGUAGUCUCCCUCCGUGCAAAGGGCAAGUCAGCGAAGGGGUCGAAGGCGUCCAGUGAAGGAUCAACAGCGAAGUGCAUCAAAGACUGGAGUACCUGGGCUAUUAAGAAAGCGAAGGUCGUCACCCACUACGGUUUCAUCCCCUUGAUCAUCAUUUUAGGGAUGAACACCGAGCCCAAACCCUCUCUCUCCCAGCUCCUUAGCCCUGUCUGAUCAGAAUCAGAUACUGGUAUCAGAUUACAGUUUAUAGAAUAGUCUGCUUCUAUUAUUCGUCGAACUUACAGAUAUUUCUGAAUCGCAUUUCCCCUUUUCCUUCUAUUCUCUAUGGGUUUCAUCUUUGUAUUAACAUUUCACUUGUUGAGAUCUCACAUUUCUUCUUGUUUACCUAAAUCAAUUGAAUAGCCUCAGUUCUUUAUA